AUGACCUGCUUCCAGUGGAGAGACAAAUUCUUCGAGCAGUCUUCCGGAACCUCCAUGGGAUCGCCUCUAUCCCCGGUUCUGGCAGACCUGUUCAUGGAAGAAUUUGAGCAGACAGCCCAUCUUCUCUGCGGACCUCAACUUGAGCCCAACGUAUGGAUCCGGUAUGUGGACGACACCUUCGUCGUCUGGCCACAUAGCCCACAAGACCUCCAGCUGUUCCUUCAACACCUCAACAGCCAACACAACAACAUCCAGUUCACCAUGGAGAAGGAAAAAGACGGACGCAUUGCAUUCUUGGGCAAUACCUCCCACCGGAUCCAGAGCAUCCUUCUACACCAUGGCAUCAAAGUCUUUCAUACCACCUCCAACAAGAUCCAAGCAACUCUCCAGUCUCACAAGGACAAACAAGACCCCAAGACCAAGCCAGGGGUCUACAGGAUCCCCUGCGAACGCGGCAAGGUGUACAUUGGCGAAACUGGCAGAGAUCUCACUACCAGACUCAAUGAACACCGAGCCCACGAACGACGGGGGAAUCUCCAAGUUGUUCCUCCUAAAGUCACCGAAUGCAUCAGCACAAAAUAA